AUGUCCAAUGCUUUAUAUAGUUUCAAACUUGUUGAUAAAUUGGGUCCAGGAACAAUACAAACCGUGAAAGGACAAUCAGCAUUACAUGGUGCGUUUUUAUGGUGUCAAAUUGAUGUUGUAGUUGAAUUGAAACAAAAUUGGCGAGCAAGAGAUGAUGCAGCAUUUGUCGAGAUGUUAAAUCGUAUACGGUUGGGCAAAGUUCGCAAAAUUGCGAUAGACAAACAUAAUGCAAGUGACUAUGAUGUGUUGAAAACACGUUUGCUCCCUGAGAUUCAAGGCAGAUCAAAGGACGAAUUUGAGAGCUUCAAGGACGCACCCAUAAUUGUGACACGGAAAUAUCUAAGAGAUGCUAUUAAUCAAUCCAAGGCCUGUGCUUUUGCGACUCAAACAGGUCAAGAACAUCAUGUAUACCAUGCUAAAGAUAGAAUUAGCGGAAACUCACUAGCCAUAGAUCAACAAGAGCGGCUGUGGAAAAUGGACACAACACAUACCAACGAUUCACCCGGUAUAUUGCCCCUUAUUUCUGGAAUGCCAAUCAUGGUCACCGAAAAUGCUGCAACGAGCUGCAAAAUUGUCAAUGGAAGUCGAGGGAUACUGAAAUCUAUUGUAUAUGAAAUAGAUGAAGCUAGCAAUCGUUUUCCAGUCUAUGCACUUGUUGAAAUAAAAGAGAGUACCUUACAUGUCGCAGGUUUGGAUGAUGGCAUAAUUCCAAUUUUUCCAAUAACGAGCAGUUUCACUUUCUGUAUGGGCGAAAAAACAGUGAUCAUCCGUCGCACUCAAUUGCCCAUCUUACCUGGCUGGGCAUUCACAGAUUACAAAGUCCAAGGAAGUGAAUUAUCGAAAGUCAUUGUUGACUUGACAAAUGCGAGGACUUUGCAGAGCAUUUAUGUCAUGCUCUCGUGCGCUUCAAAAUUGAGAAAUGUCGCGAUAUUACGGUGGUUUUCUUCUCGCACAUUACAUGCAGAUUUACAAGGAGAUGCACGAAAUGAACUACAACAAUUAGUGAACAUAGCAACCUCGACGCGGACCAAGUACUUACAAGAACAUACUAGCGGAAUGAGUCCAACAUUGAUGCCAGUUUCUUAG